AUGGCAGGACCAUUCGCGAAAAAGACAACGCCAGCCCGACCACCCUCCGGACCAAAACCAUCGUCUAGCAAGCGAAACACAAGCAUCUUGAGUUUCUUCCAAAAGACAGAUACCCCACCAGGCGCUAUUUCUCGCCAGCCACGAAUCACCCAGUUUGGUGCACCUUCUUCACGAUCACCUAGCAGUGGCCGAGGUACGCCAACGCUCAAGCGAGGGGCCUCGUCAACAAAUGAUGCGAACGGUGACCUGUUUUUGGAAGAUAAGAAGGGACUGGCGAAGAUUCAACAAGCCAGGGAAGCAAGCGGAAAACCGCGAUCGCCAACGCCCGACAUUUGGGGCGACGAUGAAGAGGGUUUGAAGCAGGAUGGUGAAAAACAUAAUGAAGACCUGACGGCAAAACGGCGGAAGGUCGACACACAGAGCAUUCCCGCCGAUGAGACCCAGAAACCAGACGUCGGACCAGUUUCUACCAAAUCGGCCGGGUCUACGAAACCACAGAAACGAAGCGGGCCUUUCAUCGACGAGUCAGACAGCGAAGAUGAUAUGGAAGCAUUCCAGGAUAUUCAGGAGACGACUCUUCCCACACUUGAUGCUACAGUCGACGAUUCAUUGCCAGUAGACAACACAGCGGACGCACAACGCUCCCCCGAGUCUACACCCCCGCCACCGGUAAGAGCCGUCACAAAUUAUACCGACCAUGAAGAAUACACGAAUUUUGACGAUAUAGAAGAAGAAGGGGAAGAUGUGCUCAUAGAGGAGGAGUCUCGAAAUAAGCCCUGGGAGGCCGAAGAGCAGGACCAACAGACCAACUUGGACAUAGAACCUGAAAACGACAAUGAUUGUUCGGGGAUUGAGGAGCCUAUCGAAGGGGAAGUGAGCACAUGUCCCAUCUGCCAAAGGGUGAUGAAGGAUUUAAACGAAACCGAAAUUUCCAUCCAUGUCAAUGAUUGUUUGGAUGGAAAUACUAGCGCCACCACGGCCACACCAGCACAGGUAUCCAAUCCCGGCCAAAACACUACUCCAAGGCCUGUAGAUACCGACAAAGGGCUCACGCGUGCCGAACGAGCCGCCAUUGCUCGACCUGCGCAGCGCGAUCCGUAUGCAAAACCCAAACCAAGUGGGCAAUCAGCAUUCUCCCAAAUGAUGGCCGGCAAUGCAGAAGACACUGCUUGGAAUACGGCGGCAGCUAAUGAAGUUUCGUCGCGUGGCAAACAAGCAUACCAGCGGACAUGUCCGUUUUAUAAAAUCCUCCCUGGGUUCUCAAUAUGUGUCGAUGCUUUUCGCUACGGGGCAGUAGAGGGAUGCAAUGCCUAUUUUCUCAGUCAUUUCCAUAGCGACCACUACAUUGGGCUGAGCAAGUCCUGGCGCCAUGGACCUAUUUACUGCAGUCGGCCUACCGCCAAUCUGGUCCGUCAACAGCUUCGGGUUGAUCCCAAAUGGGUGGUCGAUCUCGAUUUUGAGUCCACUUCCGAGGUGCCAGGGACAGGGGGUGUGCAAGUCACAAUGCUUCACGCAAAUCAUUGCCCAGGUAGCUCUCUCUUUCUUUUUGAGAAGAGCUCCGGGUCUGGACCCAAUGUCCGCCAGCAGCGGAUACUCCAUUGCGGUGACUUCCGUGCAUCUCCUGCUCAAGUGCAACACCCACUUCUCCGCCCCAACGUGACAAAUCCUGUCACUGGCCAGCCGAGGCAACAGUUUAUCAACACGUGUUAUCUUGAUACAACCUAUCUAAACCCGAAAUAUGGAUUCCCAUACCAAGAGGAUGUGAUUGCAGCAAGCGCCGAGCUCUGUGUGCGCCUGAACGACGAAGCCGGUGUCGGGGCCGACACAGUGAAGACCGGUUCAGGUGGCUUAAUGAGCAAAUUCCUGUCAACAAAGACACCAGACAAUAAGGCGUCAGAAGGUGCUCCGCAGAUUGGCGGUCGACUGCUGGUGGUGAUUGGAACCUACAGCAUUGGCAAAGAGCGAAUAUGUAUGGGCAUCGCGCGAGCACUUGGAUCGAAGAUCUUCGCUACUCCACCCAAGCAACGAAUUUGUGCUUGUUUGGAGGAUCCAGAACUUGACGCGAUGCUAACCACAAAUCCACACGAAGCGCAAGUACAUAUGCAAUCGCUCUUCGAAAUCCGCGCAGACACACUCGCAGAAUACCUCGAUGGCCUCAAACCACACUUUUCGAGAGUAGUCGGCUUCCGCCCGACCGGUUGGACAUACCGGCCGCCCACGGGACGGGUUUUACAAAAUCCUCCCGUGUCCACAGUUCUACAUGGCGAAAACUGGAAAAGCCCCUUCACAAUUCAAGACCUUACCCCACAGCGCGGGAGCACCAAGGAAAGCGCUUGUUACGGUGUGCCCUAUAGCGAGCACAGUUCAUUCCGCGAACUGACCAUGUUCUGUUGUGCGCUGCGGAUUGGGCGGGUCAUCCCGACGGUGAAUGUUGGGUCCCAGAAGAGCCGAGACCAGAUGAAGGUUUGGAUGGAGCGGUGGGAUGCGGAAAAGAAGAAGAAUGGGCUGUUUCCUGUGACCGGUGAUCGAUGGUGA